CCCGUUGUCAAAAACGGCAACUAAAUCCUGCACAUCCCUAUAAAGCCUCCCUCGCCCAACAGCGACAUCCUUAAAUCUCGGUUGUUUUUAAGGUUUUCUUUUCCAACUUCCGAGACUCCUCCCCUCCCCGGCGGCAGCAGCCCACCCGCCGCCAUGUCGAAGCCCAGCGCGGGGCCGCCCCCGCCGCCGCCCCAGCGGCCGCUCCACAAGCAGCACUCGUGGUCCCCGGACGUGCUCCGGGAGGAGGCGUGGCAGCGGCGGAAGGGGAGCUUCAAGGGCCGGCGCGCGAGCGUGACGGACGACGACCUGGACGAGCUGAAGGGCUGCAUCGAGCUGGGGUUCGGGUUCGACUCGCCCCGCAUCGACCCGAAGCUCUCCGACACCUUCCCGGCCCUGGAGCUCUACCAUGCGGUCAACAAGCAGUACCACCGGAGCCUGUCGAGGUCGUCGUCGGCCGAGUCGUCCCUGUCGCUGUCCUCGCUGGUCUCGGACAACGACGCCGAGAGCACCGGCUCCAUAUACGAUCCAGGUGACGAUCCGGAGACGGUAAAGACGAGGCUGCGGCAGUGGGCGCAGAUCGUGGCGUGUUCGGUGCGGCAAUCUUCUUCUCCUUCCCCACAUUGAUCUGCGCCAGAACCCAAGUGUUGUAUAUAGGAAUUGAUUGGUAUACAAUAGUCGAUAGGCUCUGAUUUGAUUUUCUCAGUCAAAAUUCGUUCCAAAACAUUCCUUUUCUCCCUUAUCAUUUUUCUUCCCAAUUUCGGGACCUCAGCUAUACACCAAUGAAAUUCAUUCUUGUCCGGGUAUUAUUAUCUGUAAAGUGCGAAAUCUCUUUUUGAAUCUCAUGAUGAGGAUGAAUAGAGGAGGAGGAGGGCUGUCAAUUGGGGCUGUCGAGCAACUCUGUAAUUUCGAGA